CCCAGUUGGGUGAUGCAGAGAUUAGGGGAGUGUGACACUUCAGUUUGUCCAGAUGCUCUCCUACACAAAAAAAGGAUCCACCAUGUGCUGAGUGUUGACAACCUGGUCCACCCAUGCAGGAAGCUCCUAGCCUUUGCCAGAUGUGUGUGUCUUAGGGUGGAAUGGCCUCCCUACCUCUGCCCGGCUCAGCCUAGGUACGGGUACCGGGCCAGCUCCCAGAAGACCUCUGUGUAUGCCUGUCUGACCGGGGCCCUGCUGGAGGCCACCGCCGCCAUCGGGGCCCGCAGUGCUCUGCCCAGAGUCACUGUGUGCUCCACUGGCCACGCCAUGCUCAAAGAGCGUCAGAUGUGCAGCAUGUCAGUGUUGAGCGCCCUUCCGCCCAACAUGAUGGGCAUCAGCAAGGAGCUGGCCGAGCUGUGCCACCUGAUCCAGUUCCCCGAGGAGAUUGCUCGGAUCCUGACGGAGCAGGAGCGGCAGCUGUACCGACGCAUCUCACCCCUGGACUACCUCUGCUUCCUCACUAGGGACCUGGGCAGCCCUGACUGUAGCAAGCACCUGCACCCCAGCCUCGAGGCCUCGCUGGCGGGCCCGGCCUUGCCCACGCAGACACAGAGGAACUCUGUGGAGGACCUGGUCACACGAUUCAAUGAGGUGAGCUUGUGGGUGACCUGGUUAAUCCUGACUGCGGGUACCAUGGAGAAGAAGAGAGAGAUGUUCUCCUACCUGGUCCAUGUAGCCAAGUGCUGCUGGAACAUGGGCAACUACAACGCUGUCAUGGAGUUCCUGGCUGGACUACGGUCUCGUAAAGUGCUGAAAAUGUGGCAGUUCAUGGACCAGUCAGACAUUGAGACCAUGCGCAGCCUGAAAGAUGCCAUGGCGCAGCACAAGUCUUUGUCCGAGUACAGGAAGGUGGCACUUAACAUCCCAGGGUGCAAGGUGGUGCCCUUCUGUGGCGUCUUCCUCAAAGAGCUGAAUGACGCAUUGGAUGGAGCAGCCAGCAUUAUCAGCCUGCGCCACUCACCGCAUGACUUGCCAGAGUUUGUGACGGACUACGGCGGGCAGGAUCACUUCCUGCAGAGGGCGGGGCCAGACGGACUGCACAGCCACGUGAAGGAGGCCACGGUCAGUAACAUCCUGCAGAUCAUCCGCUCCUGCAACCGCAGUCUGGAGACAGAGAAAGGGGGCCACCACAAAGGCUUCACCUCUCACAGGAACUAUUUCAUGGACAGGAACCACUCUUUCAGGAGCAGGUCUGAUUCAAACCAUGUCUUGUUGGUGGAGGGCGACCUGUCUGAGCAGGCUAAAGAGGUGGCAUUCCAGGGCACCGAGGAGACCCACCGGGCCUUUAGCCAUGGCACAGAGCUCAUCCCCUGGUACGUGCUCUCCCUCCAGCCUGACAUCCACCAGUUCCUCCUGCAGGGAUCCACCGUCAUCCACUACAACCAGGAGAGCCACCUCACCGCUCGCUGCUUCCUCCGCCUGCAGCCCGACAACUGCUUUCUGACCUGGGCUAAUCCCCAGAGCGGCAUCCCCCCCACAGAUCCCCCAGGCCUGGGUCAACCCGUUGUGAGCGGCCUGGCGGAGGGCCUGCUGGACAUCUCUGUGGUCAAGGCUGUGUUCAUGGGCCACCAGGGGGUGGACAUGUUCGCUGUGUGUCUGCAGAACAAGCUGUGUAACACCAUGAGGGCCGAGGAGAAUGGGGUCAGUCUGCUCUACGGGCUCCAUACUACAGACAACAGGCUACUGCACUUUGUGGCCCCCAGGCACACAGCCAGCAUACUGUAUGAGGGCCUGGUGGAGCUGGUCAACGCCAUGAGGAAGCUGAAGAAGUUCCCAGAUAAGAGGCUGCACUGGCUCAGGAGGCAGUACAUCCACCUCUAUUGGGAGGAGGGCAGGUUUGAGGGUCCCACCCUAGCUCAGGCCAUCAAGCUGUUUGGGGGGCGUUGCUGGAACAUGGGCACAGAGAAGCCCAGCACGCAGAAGAACAGCUCCACCACCAAGAAGAAGAAGAAUGCUCUCGUCAGGAAAUACAGCGGGGACGCUACCGAUGACGAGACGAGCCAACGUAAAACUAAGAGCUGCAAGGACACCCUGUGCAGAAACGGGCCGGAGCUAUAUGACAGCGUGCACCAGGAAGAGUUAGAGGACGGCUUCCCUGGACCCCUCCCCCCACCGUGCUGCAAGAGCCCUGGUUCCCUGACCUCUGGCUCCCUGGCUUCCUCCCCCAUCCUCUCAGGCAGCACCAAGGCCCAGCCAGGUGCAUGGAGCAGCAAGAGCUUGCACGGCCUAGGGAAGGGCUACUUCAAGGGCUUCCAGGACCUCAUGAGCUCUGACAGCACUAUGAGCUUCAUCGAGUUCGUCGAGCUCUUCAAGUCUUUCAGCAUUCGGAGCCGUAAAGACCUGAAGGAGCUGUUUGACACCUACGCCGUUCCUUGCAGUAGCUCCGGCCCAGAGUCUGCCCUCCUCUACACCACCCUGAGGAUUGACGACAAGGAAACAGGACUGCAGCCUGACCUAGACUUGCUGACCCGUAAUGGAUCGGACCUGGGCCUCUUCAUCCGAACACGCCAGCCGACGUCGGAAAACCAGAAGCAGAUCUCGGACGCCAUUGCUGCAGCCAGCAUCGUGACCAAUGGGACGGGCGUGGAGAACGCCUCUUUAGGAGUGCUUGGGCUGGCCAUCCCACAACUCAACGACUUCCUGGUCAACUGCCAGCGGAAACACCUGUCCUACGAUGAGAUCCUCAGCAUCAUCCAGACAUUUGAGCCUUGUGUAAGCAUACGUCAGAUGGGUUGGAUGUCCUUUGAAGGUUUUGCCAGGUUUUUGAUGGACAAGGAGAACUUUGCAUCUAAGAACGAGGAGUCUCAGGUGAAUGCGGAGGAGCUCCAGUACCCAAUGUCUUACUACUACAUCGAGUCCUCUCACAACACGUACCUCACUGGACACCAGCUCAAAGGAGAGUCCUCCGUGGAGCUUUACAGCCAGGUGCUGCUCCAGGGCUGCAGGAGUGUGGAGCUGGACUGUUGGGAUGGAGACGACGGAUCACCCAUUAUUUACCACGGAUACACCCUGACCACCAAGAUCCCCUUUAAGGAUGUGGUGGAGGCGAUCAAUCGCACUGCUUUUGUCAACUCGGACAUGCCGGUCAUCCUGUCCAUUGAGAACCACUGCUCUCUGCCCCAGCAACGCAAAAUGGCUGAAAUCUUCAAGGCGGUGUUCGGAAUCAAGCUGGUGAGCAAAUUCCUGUUUGAAAGUGAUUUCUCUGAUGACCCGCUGCUCCCCUCCCCCCUGCAACUGAAGGGAAAGAUCCUCCUCAAGAACAAAAAGCUGACAGCACACCAAGCUCCUGUUGACAUUCUCAAACAGAAGACUCACCAGCUGGCCCACAUAAAGGCACAGACCGGCAACGGGGCCCCGGGAGGAAGCUCUCCUGGUAACCACGAUGAUGACGAUGAAGAGGAAGAAGACGAGUAUGACGAUGACUGCGAAUCCCUGUCUGAUGCUGACGUCUUUCCAGAUUCCACUGCCUCUUAUAGCCUAGAAGAUAACAUCCUGAAUGAUAAACCAGAAAGGAAGUCAUCAGGUGACAAGGAAGACCAUCCCAUCACUGAUGAGAUGGCCAAGAGGAUGAAGAAAGCAGACAAUGCUGUAACUAAGUACAAAGGGAAGGUAUUUGACAUAGAGCUGGAAGAAGAGUUAUAUCCCCCCCAGAACAAGAAGGAGAGUCGACAGAUCGCUCAGGAGCUCUCUGACCUCAUCAUCUACUGCCAGGCCGUCAAGUUCCCUGGCCUCUCCACCCUCUCUCAUUCAGCCUCUGGCAGAAGAAAAGACAGAAAGAACAAGAAGUCCGUCUUUGGCAUGGAUCCUGGUCGUAGUGGAGGCAGCCCCAGGGAGGCUGUACCAGGGAAGGGUAGCGUGGAGGGCAUCCGUCUGAGCUGGGAAGAGCAGACAUCGCCCGUGCUCAGCCCCAAUGCCUUAGUGAGUGCCGUCAUCCACACUCCCAAGUGCUACCACAUCUCCUCUGUCAACGAGAACACUGCCAAGCGCCUGUGCCGCCGCAACUCAGAGAAACUGAUCCAGCACACCACCUUCCAGCUGUUAAGGACCUACCCAGCCGCAACGCGCAUCGACUCAGCCAACCCCAACCCUCUGCCCUUCUGGCUACACGGCAUGCAAGUGGUGGCUCUCAAUUAUCAGACUGAUGACCUGCCCAUGCAGUUGAACACUGCUCUGUUUGAGGCAAAUGGGCAUUGUGGAUAUGUCCUGAAACCUCCAGUGCUGUGGGAUCGCAGCUGUCCCCUCUACCAGCAACUCUGCUCCCUGGAGAGAGACGUGGAGAGCAUAAGCCCAACACUCUACUCUCUGACUAUUGUGUCUGGGCAGAACGUGUGCCCUGCCAUCGGCGCGGGCAGCCCCUGUGUGGAGGUGGAAGUGAUGGGCAUGCCCGUGGACAGCUUCCAAUUCCGCACCAAGCCCAUCCACCGCAACGCGCUCAACCCCAUGUGGUCCGAGCACUUCCGAUUCCCCGUGCACUUUGAGGACGCCUGCUUCCUGCGCAUCGCUGUGGUCGAGAACAACAGUUACCAGACCACUGCUCAAAGGAUUCUGCCCCUACGGGCCCUCAAACCAGGCUAUAGACACAUCCAGCUGAGGACGCAGCACAACGAGCCCCUGGAGGUGUCCAGUCUGUUCAUCUAUAGCCGCAGAGUAGAGGAGAGCGCCACCGGCACAGCCCUGCCUGCUGCCAUGCUGUUUAGUUCUGAGGAGCGGAGGGCAGCCCAGCAACACAAAGUGACUGUCCACGGUGUGCCAGGUCGAGAGCCUUUCACUGUAGUGUCUGUGAAAGAGCAGACCACCGCCGGACAGCUACUGGACAUGUUGCUGAUGUCCACAGAUGGUGCCAGUGAGUACAUCCUUUGUGAGGAGAAGGUGUCACUGGGGAAGGAGCGCAGUGACCGUAAGAGGUGUCCUCAGCCUCGCCCCGUAGCCCUUGAGGAGGAGAUCAUCAGGGUUAUCAACAGCUGGCAGCCCGAAGAGGGAUAUGUGGGCAGAAUCUGCCUUAAAACCAAGGAAGAGGUACUACUUUAUUCAACGGAAAUUUCCCAUGACUGCUGUAGAGUCGAGCUAUUUUAAUGAGAAACCGGUCAAGCAAAUACUGUAUUUUUUUUAAAUCAAUUUCUUCAUUC